UCAGAUUGCUUGUCUGCUAGAAUCUCAAUCAAUCUCAACAAUUUAAGUUUAUUUAAUUUAAGAAGAAAAUUAUAAUCAAUUUAAUUGCGAGCAACGCUGUAACGAAAAACACAAUUGCGGUAAGCUCAUUCAAACAACCAACCAGUUUAAAAAUGAGCACCGACAGCACUGAGGAAUCGGAUAGUCCUGUCACCAUUCCACAAACGGAGAUUAACAUAUCCAAUACAAGCACCAAUUCCCAGAUCGUUCUCAACGAUCUGCUGCUUAUGGAGCUGCUUUGCAGGCACCCAUUCCUCUUUAACCGGAAUUAUGACAAGGAUUACGUCUCAUGGGGCUGGGAACAGUUGACCAAGACCUUUAAUCAGAGCUACGAGGCCGUUGAGCUGGUAGCUCCGUUUUCCGUGACUGACCUUCAGAGCCGGUGGGACAUUUUGCGUCCUUUGAUCGGUGGCCUAGCCAAGGCUAAAGGCCAAAUUCCCGAUCCUUUGUGGCGGGUGGUGGUUAACGUCCACAUAGCUAUGCAGUUAAGAAAAAUACCGGAUGGACCGAAGACCAAGUGCCAAGACUUCCUGCUCAGCCAGUUGCCUUACCUGCAGUCUUUGUCCGAGGUGCAACGCAAACGCUUGGAGGUAGAGGUCUUGGACCUAAUUUUGGACCAGGAGCGCCUAGAGAAAGCCACACAUAAGCUAGGCCCUAAGGAGCAAAAGGCAGCUCAAAGCGAAUACGAUGAGUUCCUCAAGGCAAUACGUGUUAAAGAGCUCCCAGCGGACACACUGGAGCGCCUGGCGGCGGACGGAUUCUGCAUUGGACGGCAGACAAAAUCCGAGAUUGCGAACGGCCAUCAAAAGGAUCGGGUGAUUAGCGACGUCUGCACCACCCAGAAUGUCAUCAACGGAUCAAAAGACGACGAAAUUAAAACAGAGCCGACAAAUGAAUCUACAAAUUCAGAUGGCAUAAAAGCUGACGAGAAACUAUACGGAAAACCGCGCUUUGUGCCAUUAAAAAGCGCGAAGUAUUAUGUUCAAAAUUUUCGCGUACGCAUGAAGAAGAUGGAUCUUGAUGACCACCUGCCACUGGCCAGAAUACGAAGAUCAAACAGGGCGCGAUAAAAAUCUCACUUGGUUUCGUAUCAAAUGCACAUAAGUUUAUUAAAAAAUACAUUACUAUAAAUUACAACUUAAGGCUAUUGUAUAAUCCAAA